UAAAAAAGCACCCCUUUUCCACAAGACCUCAAUCGGUUUAUGUUUUGAGCUUAAUUAACUUUACAAUAUUGGUGUAUAUUUCAAUGGAAGAACAAAAUGGCGAUGGAAAAGCAAUACGUUAUUCGCGAAACGCACACAAGAGCAAUAACUGCCAUUGGUUACAACCCGGUCCGCCGAGAAAUAUUGAUGGGAUGUGAAGAUGGCUUAAUAAAAUGCUGGGAAUCAGAAACUGGAAAAUUAUUAUUGACUUCUCUUGAACAUAAAGGAUGGGUGACUGAUUUUCUAUAUUGGUUAGAACCAAAACUGGUCUUCUCUUCUGCUAAUGAUGGAUUUAUUGUGGCAUGGGGAUCAGGUGGUGGGGUGUAUGAUAAAGUUCAUAUAGGACUUCCUGUAUACUGCAUGGCAAUCAAUCCAAGGCGGCAUCAACUAGUGUGUGGAGUGAAUGGUGGUAUUCGGGUGUACAUGCUAGAUGAGGGAAAAGAAUGCGGUCAUGUGAUUAAUACGAAACCACUGUAUAUUGCCAGUGAACAUACUGACAUAGUUCGAAAUAUUAUUUGUAACGAAUCUAGGAUAUAUUCUGCUGGUUAUGAUCAAAAAAUGGUUAUCUACGAUUCUUCAUAUACAGGAGAUAAUAGUUUAGAACCCAUUUUUAUCAAUCACCAAGCUCACGAUGCAGGAAUUUCAUGUUUAUUAUUGGCCAGAGAUAACGAAAAUAACACUUGGAUCUUAACUGGUUCCUUUGAUAAGAGUGUCAAGAUUUGGUCUGUCGAUGGAAAAUUUGUUCAUAAACUUGACAACUUUAUAUCAACUGUUUCUGGCAUUUGUUACAUUCCCAGGAACAAAAUAGUAUGGGUUGCAGGUGGAACUUCGUAUGCUAGCUUGUUUGAUCCAAAAUCAGGAGACAAUGUUUCAGAUUUUAUCGGAACUUUUCAAAACCAAGAAGAGGAAAAAUAUCAUUUACAGAUACUGAAAUUUUUUCCAGAGUUAAACCAAUGUGUUGCCACAACAAGUAGACGACAUUUAAUUGUGUGGAAGUAUAACUCUUCAGGAUGUAUAACUGCUUUGAAAUGUAAGGCACCAUUGGAGAGUCUUUGUUACACAAAAAAAGUUCCCUUGCUGAUAUUUAGUGGCGACAGUGAGGGGGCCAUAAUAAAAUGGGAGAGAAUGCAAUCAAACCAUUUCAUGUACAGUAAAGAGACAUGUCAACUGAGUGACUCAAUUCUCAAGAAAAAGAGAAAUGGUAGUGCCAAAUCAUCCAGAAAUGUAAAGAAUGAGAAUGAACGAGUAUCCACACCAGGUUCAACUGCAAGUGAACAAAAUCAAUACAAUCAGUCCAAAGAAAAAGUCAUAACCAGUCACUAUGCAUUUAAUAAGUCCAAUAUCCCACCCCUGUCUUCCCAUAAGCACCCUAAUACCACCAUUCUUAAAAUAUUAUUUAUUGAAAGACUAGACUACAUAUUAGCAGCAUCAGAAGAUAGUAAUAUUUAUGUAUGGGGGUUUGAUGAAGCAGCAGUCCUCGUUCUGAAAAACAUGAAACCACAGGAUAUUGACAAUCUAGUUCAUCGCUACUCUGUGUUGUUAGACAUUGAUUCCGAAAUUCAUCCUAAAAAUCAAACUUCUAAAGAAACAAGUGAUUCUGUGACAAAUCGUGUUGCCGGGUUUAUCUGUAAAGCUGUGUUUUCGGAACAUAUGAGCUGUGUAACAAGUAUGGUGUGCGUUGGUAGGGAUCACGGACAAAAGGGCACUUAUGUGGUUAGUGCUGGUUGGGAUCGAAGAAUAUGUAUCUGGGACUUAGAAACAAAUCAGCUUCACGAUACAUUUCGCAACACCCAAAGGUCUUUUGAAAAUCUUGAAUUGGCUUCUGAUGGCAUUAUUCUCGAUUUGACCUAUUCCCCAAAAACCAAUGAAAUUGCUUAUUCAUCUAGUGAUAAAAUGGUGUACAUUCGAAAAUUCUCCACCAAUGGCUCUAGAAUGACCUUAGUAAACACUUUACAAGGUCAUGAAGGGGAAGUAACUGUUGUGAAGUGGAAUUCCAUUCGUAAUAAAUGGGUGACAGGAUCCGAGGAUGGCACAGUAAGAAUAUGGAGUAGUGAAGGUUUUAAUGAGUGUGAGCAGAUUUUAUCAGUUCAGGGAGGUGUAUGCUGUUUAUGCAUAGAUAAAAUACAUGGCAGUAUUAUAGCAGGGAUACAAAGCAUCAUUAGGGUUUACGAACCAGAGUUUUACCGAUUAGUGCAAACAAAUAUUGGUCAUGGAGAUGCUGUUCGUAGUAUAAUACACAUUGCUGAACGAAGUCAGUAUGUCUCCUCAUCAUGGGAUAAGACAAUCAGAGUGUGGAAUGCUUGGAAAUUACCAAAUAGAAACAAAGCUGGAACAGGGAAACAAGGAAUUGUCUUGGAGACUGUUACCGAAGAUCUAGAUCAUGAAGUGGAAGAAACAGAAGAUGAAGUAGUGGCAGAAGAAACACUUGUCAUUGAAGAAGACGAAUAAAUAUCUAUGUUUCAGAAAUCAUCCAAGUUACAAAAAAACGAUUUCUAAGAACUUGUAUAUAUUGGCCAAAUAAAUAUGGUGCAUAAUAUUACUGUAUUCAUAAACAAUAUUUUAGGAGUGCUAAACAAACCUAUUGAAAAAAAAAAUUGUAUAAAAGAUUAUACGGACUGGACUGAAAAAUAAAAAAAACCAAGCCAGAACCAAUUUUUAGAAUACGAUACAAAUUCCCAAGUUCAUUUCUGAAUUGGGCAAGAUUUAAUUUAAACAAAUAUUAUGUAAGUUAGGAUUAUUUAUUACUACUCUAGUCUAUCAUAAUCUAGAAAUAUAUUUAUAUGUAGAUAUCAAAUUACUGUGAUAUAAGUAAAUUUAUUUAAAGAAUACCUGUAUUUAUAUAUAUUUAUAAUAAAGUUAAGUUUAGUAGUUAA